UCAAACUCACACACGACUCACUGAAGUUUGAUACAAAAUAUCAGCAUAUAAAACUAAAAUAUAUGGUCGAAAACUACUUCUAGAGUUUGGUAGGUCGAAUUUUCAACAAUUUUAACUCAAUUUUUAUGCUGACAAUAACAAAACAAAACCAUAUCAUAUAUCUCAAAACUUCAAAGGAUAUAUCUAACUCUUAUUUUUCCGCCAAACCAAGAAAAGAAGAAAAAUGGGUGUUCUUGAUCACGUCUCUGAAUAUUUCGAUUGCUCCCAUGGAAGCUCCAGGAGACACAAAAGUCUACAGACGGUGGAUGUGAGGGUUUUGAUAGAUUGUGAAGGAUGCGAGAGGAAAGUGAGGAGAGCCUUAGAAGGAAUGAAAGGAGUGAGAGAUGUAACCAUCGAGGCAAAUGCUCAGAAAGUGACAGUAACAGGGUACGUUGAGCCAAACAAAGUGGUGGCUCGGAUCAUUCACCGGACCGGCAAAAGAGCCGAGCUAUAUCCUUUCGUUCCUUACGACGUUGUGGCUCAUCCUUAUGCGUCUGGUGUGUACGAUAACAGAGCCCCGAGGGGUUACGUUAGGAACACCGAGUAUGAUCCAGACGUAUCACGGCUAGCACGUGCUAGCUCCACCGAGGUUCGUUAUACUACGGCGUUUAGCGACGAGAACGCCUCCGCUUGUGUUAUUAUGUGAUUUUAUUUCCUUUCUUUUUUUUGUUCACUUGGAUUUGUUUUAUUCCGAUGUUAAUGUUUGCUUAUGUUGGUUUCAUCGGAUGUGUUAAAAGAUAAGAACGAGAAAAAAAUGUAAUUAAAUUGUAUGUUGUUGAUAUGAAUUGAUUAUGUUUGAUUUUGAUA